UGCAGGUCACAUGACUGGCUUGCCUGAUCUAACCGAGCAUGCUCAGACCCUUCAGUGUUGUCAGGCAAAAUAUAAGACAGCAGUAGGAGCAGAGAGAGAUCUGCAAUAGAUAAACACACCGACUCGGAUACACUAACCGAUUUGCUCACGGGCACACGUCACGAGCAUCGACGCCGCACAACUGGAGGAUUAUAGAGCUAAUUUCUCUAGUUUCCUAUUUUGAUGGGUGUACGGUUUCAUCAUUUCAGCCACAGAACGAGGCGGGCAGGUGUGCCCUUUAAGAGGGGGAGCAGCUGAGGCAAGAGCAGCAUCCAAGUCUCCAUCCUCUCUGGAGGUUGUGCACGUCUGAAAAGCACGAGAAAGACUAGUCGGACAAGACUCUAAGCCUUUUCUGUUCUUGUUUUCACCAACUGGAAAAUAGGCUGCAAUGGUUUGCAGUAUUCAAAGGCCCAAACCUGUCUGAGUGCGCCUAUGACCAGCAGACACAAUGGACAUCAAAGGCCAGUGUUGGACAGACGAGGAGUCAGAUGGGGAGAAUGAACCAGAGCAGUUUUUGUACGGCAUUCAGGGGAGCUGUGCUGCUGACCUGUACCGCCACCCCCAACUGGAUGCAGACAUAGAAGCAGUAAAGGACAUCUACACCGACAGCGCAGUGUCUGUCAGGGAGUAUGGAACCAUUGAUGAUGUAGACAUCGAUCUUCAUAUUAACAUCGGUUUCUUAGAUGAGGAGGUUGCGACAGCUUGGAAAGUUAUCAGAACAGAGCCCAUUAUUCUGAGACUGCACUUUUCUCUUUCUCAGUACCUCGACGGACCUGAGCCCUCGGUAGAAGUGUUCCAGCCCUCCAAUAAAGAAGGCUUCAGCCUGGGCCUGCAGCUCAAAAAGAUCCUGAGCACGUUCACCUCACAGCAGUGGAAGCACCUCAGUAAUGAGUUCCUCAAGGCCCAGCAGGAGAAGAGGCACAGCUGGUUCAAAGCCGGGGGAACCAUCAAGAAGUUUCGUGCCGGGCUCAGCAUUUUCUCCCCCAUACCCAAGUCUCCAAGUUUUCCACUGAUCCAAGACACCGUUUUAAAAGGGAAGCUGAGCGUCCCUGAGCUGAGGGUGACCCGUCUGAUGAACCGCUCCAUCUCUUGUACCAUGAAGAACCCUAAAGGGGAACUCUUCAGCUAUCCACCGAACAGCCAGACUGUGGCUGUCCCAGCGGCCAGGGCCCCAGCGCAGAUUACCACGAGGCAGCUGAUUGAAUUGUUUUUCUCAUCCCAGGCGGGCGGGCACUGCAAGAACAUCCCUACCUUGGAAUAUGGCUUCCUAGUACAGAUAAUGAAAUACUCAGAGCAAAGGAUCCCCACACUCAACGAGUACUGUGUGGUCUGCGAUGAACAGCACGUUUUUCAAAAUGGAUCCAUGCUCAAGCCUGCUGUGUGCACCAGGGAGCUGUGUGUCUUCUCCUUUUACACUCUGGGUGUGAUGUCCGGAGCUGCAGAGGAAGUGGCCACCGGUGCAGAGGUGGUCGACCUGCUGGUGGCUAUGUGUCGAGCUGCCCUCGAAUCUCCCCGCAAGAGCAUCAUCUUUGAGCCCUACCCAUCUGUAGUUGACCCCAAUGACCCCAAGACUCUGGCCUUCAACCCGAAGAAGAAGAAUUAUGAGAGACUGCAGAAAGCACUGGACAGUGUCAUGUCCAUCCGGGAAAUGACCCAGGGCUCAUAUCUAGAGAUCAAGAAGCAGAUGGACAAGUUGGACCCUUUGGCUCAUCCCCUGCUACAGUGGAUCAUUUCCAGUAACAGGUCACAUAUCGUCAAGCUGCCUCUCAGUAGGCAACUGAAAUUCAUGCACACCUCCCACCAGUUCCUGCUGCUCAGCAGUCCCCCAGCCAAGGAGGCUCGCUUCCGCACUGCCAAGAAGCUGUACGGCAGCACGUUCGCCUUCCAUGGUUCCCAUAUAGAGAACUGGCACUCUGUUCUGAGAAAUGGACUAGUCAAUGCCUCUUAUACCAAACUGCAGCUACAUGGGGCAGCAUAUGGAAAGGGCAUCUAUCUGAGCCCCAUCUCCAGCAUAUCUUUUGGAUACUCAGGAAUGGGGAAAGGACAGCAUCGCAUGCCCACAAAGGAUGAGCUGGUGCAGCGCUACAACCGCAUGAACACCAUACCACAGAGUCGGCCAAUACAGUCAAGAUUUCUUCAGAGUCGAAAUCUGAACUGCAUCGCUCUGUGUGAAGUUAUCACAUCUAAAGACCUGCAGAAACAUGGUAACAUCUGGGUCUGUCCGGUAUCCGACCACGUCUGUACACGCUUCUUCUUUGUAUAUGAGGAUGGCCAAGUAGGAGAUGCUAACAUCAACACCCAGGAGCCUAAGGUGCAGAAGGAGAUCAUGCGCGUGAUUGGGACCCAGAUCUACUCCAGCUAAUGGGGAUCGAUCCUGGAUCGCUCGGUCUCUCUGGCAGAGGCGGACACAGGUGCAGUUAAAGGGAGCGUUUGGGGCGAGCUCGCCUCGGGCCGGAUCCUCAGCGCUGAAUAUCCUGAACUUUGAGCAUAUUAUUUCUGAAGUUGUUUCGUUCCGGUCCUCUCGUUUCUCUCUCUCCUCUGUUCCUCCAGUCAAGUCAGAGUUCGUCUGCUUUUCUCAGUCAUGACAUGUACAACACAGUUAUCGUUCGCUAGUGAACAGAGCGAUGGUCACACGUCUAAACACGUUUCAGCCUCGACUUUCUUCUUCCUCGCGUCACUUUUCUUUUUUUUUCUUUGUUUAAAUGAAUAAUCAUUAUUGAUCAAUUCUCUUUGUGAACAUCUAAUACAAAAAAAGAUAAUUCAAAGUGAAAAUUAGAUCUGUCUGUGGCUGGGUGGCUUUACAUGCACAUAAACAUUUGUCCCUUAUUGUAUUUCCUGAGGCAUUAUCUCUAAACCAUUUAUUUGCCAUUUUUUUUAAUAAUGAUUUAAAAUAAGGCCUGUGACAUGGUUCUCUGACAGAAAACUUUCUUUCAAAAUAAAAAAAACAGAACGAUGGAUUACACUGAAAUAAAGUUUCAUAGGAACAAUGAUCACACAUGUUCCUGAAAGCUUUAUUUGAUAUAAUGACACACUAUAAUGUAUGAGACUAAUACAGUAAUACGUUGGUUUGGUGCCUCCACUCCCAACUGGCUGAACAUAAUACGUAAUAGAGAUUUUUAGGCAUUUGGAAAGAGAUUCAAACAAAGAAACAAGCACUAAAUUCAAACUUGGAGUCAGUAAAACCCGCUAAAUGUUCCUCUGAGCCAUCGGUUUGUUAAAAUAUGCAUUCAUUGUCUUUUAAUUGGUGGACAUCUUUGUGAUAAAUCUUACUGUGAGUGAAGUACACUACCCAUUGGCUUCACUACAUACAAAAUACACUGUACAGAAAAUCAUUGACAAGUUCACCAAACUAUCUACUGGCAGUAUUCAGUCCAGCUGAGCUCACGUCCUUUCCACCUCCACCUGACGAACACCGGAUAUUACAAAGGUGCAUCGAUGUGCAGCCUUGUGGUCUCAACUUGGAGAAAGGCAACCUUGUAUAGCUAAUCAAGCUUAUCAGUUAGUCAUGUACUGUAUGUAUGUACGUGCAAGUUUGUAUUUUCUUCAUUAUACUAGACAUUGCACUUACAGUAUUCAAAGUUUGCCUAAUCUGGAGAAAUGGACUGUCGCCGGACCAGCAGCAGACGGGCAGUGGAGAAAAGAGGAGCACAAAGUAUUCAUGGAGUCUGACUGUACUAUCCAACACCCCAGUACUGUAUGUCUGUAAGGCUCUGGACUUUGAGACUCUCCUGGAACUGGAAAUUAUAUCUCCCGAAUGGACUGUGAGACGACACGAGAGAGAAUGAACUGUAAAUAAGGACAGUGGACACGUACAGCUGACUCAUUGUGUUCUGGGACUGUGCUAGAAACCCAUGCCUGCUUUCGCUGAGAGGUUCCAGCCGCCGGUCUCUUCGAGUCUGUUCUCCGGUGACUCAUUCUUAUUUGAAGACGAUCAUGACGGCAUUGAUGGUGACUAUGGUGGCGAUGAAAGGCGACGAUGCAGGGGAGAAAAAGAAUAAAGCCUGAUUUUGCACAGUUUUA